CUUUAUAGGAAAAGAAUAAUAUUAAGUGGGCUUCCAGAUGGGACUACAUUUUGGAGUCCAUGCCACAUACAAACAUCCAGUGGUUUAGUAUAAUGAAUUCCCUCGUAAUUGUUCUCUUCUUAUCUGGCAUGGUGGCUAUGAUCAUUCUGAGGACUCUGCAUAAAGAUAUUGCAAGAUACAACCAGAUUGACUCUUCUGAAGAUGCCCAAGAGGAAUUUGGCUGGAAGCUGGUUCAUGGAGAUGUGUUUAGACCUCCAAGGAAGGGAAUGUUACUGUCUGUCUUUUUGGGCCAAGGAACCCAAAUUUUCAUUAUGACAUUUAUUACUUUAUUCCUAGCUUGCCUUGGUUUUCUUUCUCCUGCCAACCGUGGUGCUUUGAUGACCUGUGCAGUUGUAUUGUGGGUCUUACUGGGAACUCCAGCUGGUUACGUGUCUGCCAGAAUGUACAAGACGUUUAGAGGCGAGAAGUGGAAGACAAACGUUUUGCUUACAGCUUUGCUUUGCCCUGGGAUUGUCUUUGCUGAUUUCUUCAUUAUGAAUCUCAUUCUGUGGGUGAAAGGAUCCUCAGCUGCCAUCCCUUUUGGCACUUUGGUUGCUAUCCUAGCUAUGUGGUUUGGAAUUUCAGUCCCGUUAACCUUUGUUGGUGCAUAUUUUGGCUUCAAAGAGAAGCCUAUUGAACAUCCAGUUCGUACAAACCAGAUUCCUCGCCAAAUUCCAGAACAGUCCUUUUUCACAAAGCCAUUGCCUGGUAUCAUAAUGGGUGGUAUCUUGCCCUUUGGCUGUAUUUUUAUUCAACUUUUUUUCAUUCUGAAUAGCAUUUGGUCUCAUCAGAUGUACUACAUGUUUGGUUUCCUGUUCCUAGUUUUUAUAAUUCUUCUAAUUACGUGUUCUGAGGCUACAGUUUUGCUGUGCUACUUCCAUCUGUGUGCAGAGGAUUAUCAUUGGUGGUGGCGAUCAUUCCUGACAAGCAGCUUUACAGCAGUUUAUCUCUUUAUCUAUGCAGUUCAUUACUUCUUCUCUAAACUUCAGAUAACAGGAACCGCUAGCACCAUUUUGUACUUCGGUUACACAAUGAUCAUGGUCUUGAUUUUUUUCCUUUUCACAGGGACUAUUGGAUUUUUUGCCUGCUUCUGGUUUGUAAGUAAGAUUUACAGUGUAGUGAAAGUGGACUGAAAAGCUUCAAAGUGUCUUUUGAACAUACCUCCCUUGCUGUUUGAUAAUUUUUACCAUGUAUUGAAAAACAUCCUGUGUAAUUAUUCUAAUUUGUAAAAGCUGAAGAGCAGACUACAGCAUAAAAUACAGAUUUUUAUGGAAGGAAAUGGCAUCACUGGAAAAAUGUUUACAUCAUUGAAUAUGUUUAAUUCUAAUAAUUCUAAAAAUUAUAUCCAAAAUUUGAUUUAGGACAAAUAAAAAUUCUGUGAACUAGUUUAUUUGAAAAAUGAGUGCAUUAUACAGUCCUCCAGCUGAAAUUCCUUGUGAUUUUUUUUUUUUUUUUGUUACCUGUUUUGGUUAUCAUUUAUAUACCAUGAAAGCAUAGGGCUGUCAAGUAAAUCUAUGUAAAAUGUGAAUUUUUUUAACUUAACUAUGAUUGUACAUAUUAUCCUGCACCUUCUUUACAACUAGAUAUCUUCUUACAAAUGUACAUGCAUUUAGUGUAAUGUAGACUUUAUUAAAAAUAUCGACACUGGUUUUUGUUCAAAUAAAACUGCACAACUC